AGGCUUCAAGGGCCCUCGUGCUGGUGGCGCGAACAUCGGAAAUAUUAAGCAGAAGACAUGGCACAGAAGAUCAAACCAACGGAUAGCGUGGACGAGGCGUGCAAAAGUGAAGCGACGAAAGAGACUGUAGCGGAGAAUGUGGAAGGCAACAGCGGAGACAAGACCUCAAGAUCGAAAAGGUCGAUUGCCGUAGCCUACUUGGGCCCUGAAGGUACCUUUUCACAUCAGGCAGCGACCGCAUCAUUUUCGCAAGUAAGUUCAGUCGAUAUUCGAUACCAGGCGUAUCCGAACAUCCGCGCCGCAUUCGACUCGUUGUCUGCGGCCAUGCAGGGAGCUCUCACAUUUGACAAAGAUGAGGACACACCAUCUAUGGCCGCCGCGCCGGAAGAGCAAUAUGUCGUGCUACCGAUCGAGAACAGCUUCUAUGGACCCGUUAAGGAGACGAUGGACUGCCUAUAUCUCAAGGAAGUUCCUGUGGCUGUGCGACCCCGACCGGAACCAAGCACAUCGUCAGUGUCGUCGCAGAGUUCGAUAGAAGACGAGAGCGCACCAGCGAACGGUGGAUCACCUUUCAGCGCUGCGUCUCAAAAUGAAGACUUGGUAUUCGACUUGAAGUGCGGCUCGGCGCCGCUGUCCAUUCGGAUCGUCAGCGGGGCCACUCUGUCAGUGCGACAUGCCCUGUUGCUGUCGCCAAUGGAUGCAACAUACCUGCGAAAGAAAUAUAUGCAGGACUUAGAGCAUGAAAAAGCUUCAAUGAGGCAAAGGAUCCACUCUCCUGGAGGCUACACCGCCACAUCUAGCAAAUCGGAUGAUACAGCAGAACUAUUUGUAACGACUGCCAAUGGGAAUGGCGAGGAUAUAUCUGACGAGGAGGAUAUACUUCCUUGCGCGGCCUUGGAGGAAAUCUCAGAGGUCGCCUCGCAUGAGCAAGCUCUUGGACAGUGCAAGACAUUUCUCUCAAAGUAUUUGCCCAACGCUAAGCGCAUCCAUGUUGCAUCCACAGCACUGGCUGCAUCGAAGCUGCUUUUGGGCGCUGAUAUCCGAGUGGAUUCCUACGGCAAACAUGAAGCAGACGCAGGCGUGGAUUCGAAAGUUGACGCUGAAGGCGUGAAGGAAAGAGCGGGAACGGAAGGGAUCCGCGCCGCGAUCGCAUCUGAGUUUGCAGCGGCGCGUCUAGGGGUGCAAGUAGCACGGUCUGAUAUACAGGACGCUCACAAUAAUACCACGCGCUUUAUCGUACUAACCACGUCUGAGAAUCACGUAUUCCGAUGAAAUGUAUACCCCCGCCAGCAGGGCAUCAGCUUUAGCAUGGAUUGCUGUCUACAAAUGGCGACAGUGUAGUGAUCGUUUGUAGGAGUCUAGUAAUACAUGAGUACCUUCCAGGCG